CUGCUGCUUCCGUGGGCAACAUGGCGGCUUCCCGCUUGCCUCCCGCGGCCCUGACGCUGAAGCAGUUCAUGAGAAGGCAGCAAGUUCUCCUCCUCUACAGAAAGAUUUUGCGAGCGAUUAGGCAAGUUCCGAGUGAUUCUGACCGAAAAUACCUUCAGGAUUGGGCCAGGGAAGAAUUUAAAAGAAACAAAAGUGCCACAGAAGAGGAUACAAUCCGAAUGAUGAUUACCCAAGGCAAUAUGCAGCUAAAGGAACUAGAAAGGACGCUUGCCUUAGCCAACUCGUAACUGGAAGAUUUUUCAGACCUCCAUGUGUUUUGCACAGGCUCCGAGCCACUGUCACAGAGCACCCAAAAAGGUGAUAAUCACUCUGAUCAAGAAUAUAAGUGAAGUGUGUUAAUAUUUCCACUACAGUCAGUGGCUGUAAUAAUUAAACGUGAACCAAUGUCAAGAUGAGAGCUUGGAAUCCUGCAUUGCUCCACGGGAGAGUGAAAUGGCAGACUCUUUGAAAAACAGACUACUAGUUAGUAAUUCUUGAAAGGCAAUGAGGACAGGGCUGGUAAGAUCGCUCCACAUGAAGGCUCUUGCUGCCAAGGACAGAAGUUUGAUCCCUGGGACGCGCACAUGGUGGAAA